AUGGCUCUCGCUGUUGCUUCUCCUUCUACUUCGAUCUCUGGCCGGACCUUCUCUCUAUCCACUCCCUCCUCUGACCUCAAAGCUUCACCAUUUGGUUCAUUUCGGGUGGUUGGUCGAGCCCACGGCCAAAUUCAAAGCCAAGCUGUAACAUUUUCUCAAAGACGGAGCUCGGUGAAGCCCGUAAAUGCGCAGUCUAAACUCAACGAGUCAAUUGUGCCUCUUGCAGCAACCAUUGUUGCUCCUGAGGCAGUUGAGAAUGUAGAGGUAGAGGAUUUUACGCAAUUGGCUAAAGGGCUUGAGAAUGCUUCCCCUCUUGAAAUUUUGGACAAGGCCCUUGAGAAAUUCGGCAACGACAUUGCCAUUGCUUUCAGUGGAGCUGAGGAUGUUGCUUUGAUUGAGUAUGCACAUUUAACUGGUAGGCCCUAUAGGGUUUUCAGCUUGGAUACUGGGAGGCUGAACGCAGAAACAUAUCAAUUCUUUGACACAGUUGAGAAGCACUAUGGCAUCCGCAUUGAAUACAUGUUUCCAGAUGCUGUUGAAGUUCAGGCAUUAGUAAGGAGCAAAGGGCUCUUCUCUUUCUACGAGGAUGGGCACCAGGAGUGCUGCCGCGUGAGGAAGGUGAGACCUCUGAGGAGGGCCCUUAAGGGGCUACGUGCCUGGAUCACCGGCCAAAGGAAAGAUCAAUCUCCAGGUACUAGGUCUGAAAUUCCGGUUGUCCAGGUCGACCCUGUUUUUGAGGGACUGGAUGGUGGGAUUGGGAGCCUGGUGAAGUGGAACCCAGUAGCAAAUGUUGAAGGUCGUGACAUAUGGGACUUCCUUCGUGCCAUGAAUGUGCCCGUGAAUUCACUGCACUCGAAGGGGUACAUCUCAAUUGGUUGUGAGCCAUGCACAAGGUCAGUCCUACCAGGGCAACAUGAAAGAGAAGGAAGGUGGUGGUGGGAGGAUGCCAAGGCUAAGGAAUGUGGUCUUCACAAAGGCAACAUUAAACAGGAAGAGGGAAACCAAUCUAAUGGUAAUGGGGCUGCACAUUCAAAUGGCACUGCCACUGAAACUGAUAUCUUUACUUCCAAACAUUUAGUUACCUUAAACCGAACUGGAAUAGAAAAUUUGUUAAGGCUGGAGAACCGGCACAUACCACGGAUUGUAGUGCUCUAUGCACCAUGGUGCCCAUUCUGCCAGGCAAUGGAAGGAUCGUACAAUGAGCUGGCUGACAAGUUGGCAGGGAGUGGUGUGAAAGUAGGGAAGUUCAGAGCAGAUGGUGAGCAGCAGGAGUUUGCCCAGAAUGAACUGCAGCUUGGAAGCUUCCCCACAAUACUUUUCUUCCCCAAACACUCUUCUCGGCCAAUCAAGUACCCAUCAGAGAAGAGGGAUGUUGAUUCAUUGAUGGCUUUCAUCAAUGCCCUCCGGUAA